AUGCGGGAAGCUCCGGAAGCCUGGACCCCUGAGGGCAGAGCCGCCAUUCAGAAUAGCCACCUGCCGCUGGUCGAGACGUGCUUGCGCCAGCGGCCCCGCGCCCAGGACAGUGGGGUCCGAGGGAAGCCGCGCUCUACAGUAACUUGGAUUGUUCAGCUCAGCACCAUGGAUGCAAAGGCCCUCCCACAUCCCCGUGAGCACCGCCGGGAGCAGGCGGUGGUGUUUGCAAAAUGGGGCGCGAGGUUUGGGGUACAAGGACAAGACCGUGGGCGCGCGCCCCUGCACCGUGGCCCUCCGUCCGACGGCUGCAUCCGCCCGGGCUGGGACAUGACCCGGCAGGGCCGCCGUGAUGCUCAGACAGCGGCGGCGGCGGCGCGCAGCCAGGGAGCCCCGGCGCCGGCGGCAGCGGCGGCCCGAGCCCGGCGGCUGCCCCCGCUACUCGUGCUGCUGGCGGCGGCGGCGGCGGGCCCCGGGGCGGGCGGCGCGGCGCGGCUCUACCGCGCGGGCGAGGACGCCGUGUGGGUGCUGGACAGCGGCAGCGUGCGCGGGGCCACGGCCAACAGCUCGGCCGCGUGGCUCGUGCAGUUCUACUCCUCGUGGUGCGGCCACUGCAUCGGCUACGCGCCCACCUGGCGGGCCCUGGCCGGGGACGUGCGAGACUGGGCUGCUGCCAUCCGUGUUGCCGCCCUGGACUGCGCGGAGGAGGAGAACCACGAGGUGUGCCGAGCCUAUAACAUCCACUUCUACCCCACCUUCCGGUAUUUCAAGGCAUUUACAAAGGACUUUACAACUGGAGAAAAUUUUAAAGGGCCCGACCGAGAGCUGCAGACUGUGAGGCGGACAAUGAUCGACUUCCUGCAGAACCACACGGACGGAGACAGGCCUCCUGCUUGCCCGCCUCUGGACCCCGUUCGGCCCAGUGACAUCCUUUCUCUCAUGGACAACCAUGAUAGCCGUUACGUGGCCGUCCUGUUGGAGAGCAACAGCUCCUAUGUUGGCCGUGAGGUGAUCUUAGACCUGCUUCCGUAUGAGAACAUUGUGGUGAAGAGAGUGCUGAAUACAGAUAAAGGCUUCCUGGAGAAACUCGGUGUUUCUUCCAUUCCUUCCUGUUACUUGAUUUACCCAAAUGGGACACGUGGAUUAAUUAACAUCGGGAAGCCCCUCCGAUCGUUUUUUUCCUCUUAUUUGAAGUCAUUGCCGGAUGUGAGGAAAAAAUUGCUUUCGUUGCCUGAAAAGCCCAACAAAGAAGAAAACCCCGAAAUCGUGGUUUGGAGAGAAUUUGACAGGUCGAAACUCUACACUGCGGACCUGGAGUCGGGGCUGCAUUACCUCCUGAGGGUGGAGCUGGCUGCCCACAAGUCCUUGGCGGGGGCCGAGCUGCGCACACUCAAGGACUUCGUCACUGUCCUUGCCAAGCUGUUCCCUGGCCGGGCGCCGGUCAAGAAGCUGCUAGAGACGCUGCAGGAGUGGCUGGCCAACCUUCCCCUGGACAGGAUCCCCUACAACGCCGUCCUCGACCUGGUCAACAACAAGAUGCGGAUUUCUGGAAUAUUCCUUAUUAAUCAUAUAAAGUGGGUUGGAUGUCAAGGAAGCCGACCAGAGUUCAGGGGUUACACAUGUUCUCUCUGGAAAUUGUUCCACACUUUGACCGUUGAAGCUGGGACCCAUCCAGAGGCGCUGGACGGCACAGGUUUGGAGGAUGACCCCCAGGCAGUGCUGCAGACCAUCAGGAGGUACAUUCACACCUUCUUCGGCUGUAAGGAGUGCAGUGAGCAUUUUGAGGAGAUGGCUAAAGAAUCCAUGGAUUCCGUGAAGACCGCAGACCAAGCGAUUCUCUGGCUUUGGAAAAAACACAACUUAGUCAACAACCGCCUGGCUGGCCAUCUGAGCGAGGACCCCAAGUUUCCGAAGGUUCCGUGGCCCGCCCCGGACCUCUGCCCGGCCUGCCACGAAGAGAUCAAGGGCCUGCACAGCUGGAACGAGGGUCAGGUGCUCCUGUUCUUAAAGCGGCACUACAGCAGCGACAAUCUCGUGGAUGUGUAUGCAGCGGACCCGGGAGAUGCCAGCGAAGGAGGCGGCCCACCCCAGGGCGGGGAGCGGGAGCGAGGCCUCGCCUCCCCAGAGAAGCCUCAGGGAGAACAGCAUGCCAAGAGUCUCCGUCCACCCAGCAUGCUGCCUCCCAGACCCCGCCUGCCAGACGGUCCGCAGCUCAGCCUGGAUGGGAGACUGCAGAGCGCUGGCGGGGCUGAGGGCCGCAGGGAGGCGGAGGCGGCCGUGCCCUUUCUGGGGAUGGGCUUCUCCAGCCUGGACAUGAGCCUCUGCGUCUUGCUGUACGUGGCCUCUUCCUUGUUUCUCAUGGUGAUGUACUUUUUCUUCCGAGUGCGGUCCAAGCGAUGGAAAGUCCGACAUCACCGGCCGUCGGUGUAGACCCAGGUGGGAUCACAGAAGCGCCUUCGGGAAAACAGCCCCACCGUACCACCUGCAGCUUUAAUAAAAGAUCAGGGAUUUUAUAAACACGUCAGACCCAGUUUCACACCCGCUGGCGUCUGGGCUCCCAAGUCCUCGUUGGGCAAGCAGUCUUCCUGUGGGGGGCAAGCCAGCCUUCGUCAUGGGACCACCCGCUCUCCUGGUGUACUCCCUGGACGCCUUGAUAGAUCCAAUGGCAAAAAGAUGUCUGUAUUUUUACUCUUCUAGGUCUAAAAAAAUGAGUGGGAGUCCCAGCUAAACGAACAGAACUUUUCCCGCCUGCCUUCAUCCUGAGUUUCUAGAUGCAUGUCGCGUUCUGCAAGCCUGGCUCGGGAUUCCGAGAACAAUGGAGCCCUUGCGCGCACUGGGGGGGCACCGGGCGAUUUUGCGCAGCCAGCCUUGGCCCAGCAGAGCUGGAGCGCGGCCCCCAGCCCACCUCACUCCCUGGCCGCGCCUCGAAGCCAGUCUGGUUCUCAGAGAUUCAUUUGUGUUUGUGCUUUUCAGCUGCUUGGUUGUUUCUGCUGAAGCAAGAGAGCAUCCCUGUGGUGCCGAAGUGGCUCAGAACCAAAGGACGACCCCUCCGUCACCUCCGUGCUCUGCAGGCCGCUUUCACUCCAGAUGCUGAGUCUGCAGCAGGAGGGAGGGGAGAGGAGGGUCUGUGGCUUUGCUGCAUUGCAAGGAACCCCACUGUUGAGCCAUGUGGAGGGCCGUGUUUGUGGGGGGAGGGGACAAGAUGGUGGCCAAGGCCGUGCCUUCGUGAAUCUGGUGGCAGGAGAGCGUUCAGUGACCACGCGCCGUCCCAAGUGCCUGUGCCCGGCACCGAGGGCAGAGCCCCACAGGGGAGGGUUGUGGGGUGGCCACGGCUUGGGAGUGAGUCCGCAGGGGACCUUUCGAGGACCCCUUGGUCCUCUGUGUCCCGUGGUCUGGCAGCUGCAGGGCCUGCUGCUGGACGAAGCAGACGCUAGGACCCGAGGGCCCAGCGACACGGCGAUGCCUGGCGGCCCCCCUGGGGUGACGUGUGCAGUCACCAGAACUUUUAAGGCCAAAUUCCAAAUUUCAUUUUCCUGAAGCUGUCUUACGAUGGGUCCUGGCACAGGGCCCUGGUCCCCCAGGCUUUGGUGAUUGAUUUUUUUACCAUUUAAUGAUUUUAAUACAUUAUUUGUAAAACCCAAAUCAUCUAGAGGUAAAUUUACCUCUGGAGAUGUAAACAAACAAAGUGAACAAACUGCCAUUUUCGUGGAGAUCCUUCAUGACCGUUGGUUUGUCUACAAGCUCAGAGGCGUCUGUGUGCUCCUGUCACGAGGAUGGUUGUAAAUAGUCUCUUCCACUUUGCCUAGCGUGUUCUCUGUGUUUACAACCUCCCACUGACCAUGGGCGUGUCUGGGGGGGCAGUGGGUGAGCCGUCGGGAGCUUGAGCUCCUGCAGGGGGGCGGGGGGAUGGGGCGCGGGAACGGGCGAUGGGGUGCGGUCUGCAGGCUCUCCUCAGCUGCCUGGCUUCUGUGGCUUCUCUGUCUCCAGAGGUUUCUUCUCAUUUGACACGUGUUUAACCCCUAGAAGCCUGUGUGCCUCGUUGGCGGUUGUGCGCCUGGGUCACUGAAGACCCUGUCUUACUUCCUUUCAUCCUGAAAACUGGCCAGAUUCACCCGCAGAAUCCAAAGGGAAAUACUUAGCACCAUGAAUGAAACCGCCUUCUGGUUCGUGUCCACUGUGUUUCUUUCCCUAAAGUAAGUUUCUGCCCAUGGUGUGGACCGGGAUGAAGAUGCAGAACGCUGGAUGCCGUGACCUCUACAAAACCCACGGCACAGCCUCUCGGGCUUCAUAAUAAUAUUGCACUUUGAGGUCGCCACUAUUUGAGGGACAAGUUUGUGACUCCCCGAGGGAGCAGGUUUCCACUAGACCACGAGCAGUCAGGGACGGGUGGUAUGCCAAAGUGGCCACGGGACGUGUGUCUCGUGUGCAGGUAUGACGUGGCCACACGCCUCACGUGGCCUGCUAGGAACUGGAUGCUAUCUUUGGGCAAGGUUUAAGGUCUGUUUUCUAAAGUUGUAAGUAUUGAGACUAAUGAAUAGAAUAGUUCAGUAAUUUAAAUGUGUAUUUAUUUUUAAUGGAAGGAUUUUGAUUAAAAAGAAGCUAAUUGACAUGGAAACGUCUGAAAUUUCUUACCUGCAAGAAAAGUGAACAUUUUGUAUUUAAGUGAACUAUAAUGUGCACAUUUUUAAAAUAAAUAAAUCUGACAUUU